CAAUCCAUUCCUUCUCAGGAUUUUCAUUUCAUCGUCAAAUAAGGCCGGAAUGGAGUCUGGAAAUGGACUUGUGUUAGAAUCCGAAACUAAUGCUGUUAACGAAGAACCUGUUGUGAAUGCAAAUAAGGAUGCUGCCAAGCGGCCGACUAAUCACGAAGACUUGAACAAAGUUGAUCAUGAGGAAGUUAUUGAUUUAUCCAAAACACAAGUGAACAACCCUGGAAACCGAGAUCCGGUUAAGGUUAGUACCACUAAAGGAAGUGGUUCCAAAAACUGUAAGUUGGCUAAAAAUGUCCCUAAUGUUGGAACAUUUGGUCGAACACCAAGGCCGAGUUUGUCUCAAAGUUUAUCUUUCCCUGCAAAAACCGAAACCCCUGUGGCGCCUACAUUGUCCACAACUUCGUGUUCUAGAUCACACCCUUCUUACAAAAGAGCAUCAAGUGGAUUGAAACCAAUCAAAACUCGACUCUCAGUUAAAGAAGACGAUGCUGCCACUUCUAAUGCUUCUCCAAAUGCCAGCAGUACCCCUGGUGGGCAGCGUAGGAAUAGCACAUCUGCUAUUCCUUUCAGGGUGAAUGAGCGUGCUGAAAGGCGAAAACAGUAUUUUUCAAAGAUUGAGGAGAAGGUUCAUGCAAAAAAAGUGGAAAAGACUUAUUUGGAAGAAAAGUCAAAGGAAAGCCAGGAAAAAGAUAUAAAGAAAUUGAGAAAGAGUUUGACGUUUAAAGCCAAACCAAUGCCAAACUUCUACAAAGAGCCUCCUCCAAAACCUCAACUCAAGAAGAAACCACUUACGCGUCCUAAAUCACCUAAGCUGGGAAGAAGCAAGAGCUCUUUGAGUGGAGUGAGCAAGUCUUUGGAAAAACUAGAGAUUUCUGAUAGCCCCCGAAGCGCUAAAGACCAAACUAUGUCACCAAGGCUCAACCCUACGAAGCGUCACAAAGAUACACCUGCUUCCAAAAAACCCAAGAGGAAGUCUUUGACUAAAACCUCAGAAGUCAAUAAUGACAAGUCAAAAGAAAAUGUCUUGAUAGCAGAAGACACAAAGGAAGUGCAUGAAAGCAAAAUGCCAACUGUAGCUACUCAUGAAGCUGAAGGAUGUGCAGAAGACAGUAGGGUGCUUGAAAGUGGGUUCAAUUCGGGUUCAGGUUCACCCAAUCAGGAUAUGACACCCGUGGGUAUCCCUAUUGGAAGUCAAAAUGUGCUUUAAAGUGCAUUGUUCAAAAGUUUAUGAGGUUUCCUUGGCUGUCCAGUGGAUAUUUUUUGUUUAAAAAAGUUUGGUGGUUCUAUACUUUUAUGAAGUAUUUCAUGGAUCUAAUUUGUUUCAUUAAAUUUAGAGGUGUCAGCGUUAUA